AUGAUUGAUGUGAAUGGAUCCUCUGCAUCCAAUGCGCCGGCCAGAGAGAAUGCGCCGAGGCUGUCGAGAGAAGAGGCACCAGCCAACGAUACUCCGUCUCCACAUGGCAAGAUGGCAACAGCUUCACCAGAGACACAAAGCGACAACAUUGAGAUCGUUAGGAGCAACCCAGACAAUGCAGGAUCAGAUGGCGACUCUGAAGCCGAAACGCUAAUUGAGUCUCCAGAGAAACGGAGACUGAAGAUAGUGGAGAAUGCGCCCAGACUGCAACCUACCAGCGAAAACGGGAGAGAUAGUGGAGGUGAGAUCGAGCCUACAAGCUCGCAGUCUAGCGACAGCAAAAGUCGGAAGCGAAAACGAUCGGAUGAUGAGAGCAAAGGUGUAUUUCAUCGACCUUCUAGCCGGCGUAGCUCACCGCUCUCCUCCCCUAUACUGGAUGCACCAUCUGCCAACGAAUCCGAAACGUCCUAUUCCCACCCAAAUGCAUCGCCCACGACAUUAUCAGCAUCUCGACGACAUGACGCAUCCGACAAAGACUCGAAGGAGGCAGAUCAGAAGCAGAAUGCCGUGAGAUCCACCGGGUUGAAGCCCCAGAAGCGAUGGAAAAGUGAGGUUGAAGAAAAUCAGAUUCGACCAUCUCGCCGAAAACAUAGUCCAGACCCUGGUGGCACAGAGCGGAGAGAGACGAGAUCAGCCACCUAUCCACAACAAGAUUCUACGGAGCGAUCAAUUUCACCAAGGCCCGGAAGAGAGCACAAGCGAGUCACCUCUGUACAAUCUAUCCAAACACUAGCGUCUCACAAGACAAGACGAAUACCGGCCCCUUUGAACACCAGGCGCAAUCAUUCCUCUGAUCGAUCGUCUGAGGCAUCUAAUUCUCCUGUACCAAAUCGACCUCACCUGCACAAACUUACCUCCAAUGACUUCGACGCUACUUCGCCUGCCAAAGUGAUGGCAAAGAAGCUGCGCGACAGGCAUGGACGAACGUUUCUCGCUCAAGCUUGCACGGACGACAAACUGGACCGGGUGAAACAAGUUUACGAAGAAAGGCCCCAGGACUUGAACAUUGCAGAUAAUGCUGGCAAUACACCUCUUCAAAUCGCGGCGCUCCAAGGGUACGUUGAGAUUGUGGAAUUUCUACUUGAAAAACAUUGCGAGGUGAACACAAGAAACCUUGAGAGGGACACGCCUCUGAUUGAUGCGGUCGAGAACGGUCACGUCAAGGUUGUCAAGUUGCUGCUUGAACACGGCGCUGAUCCACGGCUCGGCAAUGCCAAGGGCGAAAAGCCUAUAGAGCUCGUUGAUGAAGCUGAUGACAAAAUACGCGAAAUGCUCGGCGACGCCAGAUACAAGAACGCCAAUCGAAGGCAGUCAGAAGAUCAGGCCUCCCUCACCCAUGUCAGGGAAGGCUCGUCUCGUGCAGCUUCCGCAGCAAGUCCUCGCGACUCACCUCCGGUUCAUGGUCCGAAGAGUCCUCCUCCGUUACAACUGUCACGGCGCAGAGCACGAGAGCAAACCAGAAAUGAUCUCUUGUGGCAAGCAAAUACCCCAGAAAACUUGACCAAACUUGCUGGCAAAGGCGAUACUGAAGGGGUUGUCAAUAUCCUGAACAUCUUGAACAAAGCAUCCCCAGAGGCGCUGAUUGCUGCUUGCAAAGGAGGGCACGAUGUAGUGUUACAGCUACUUAUCGCCAUGGGUAAUGCGGACCCCGAUCCAGAGCCGGUUGUGUCACCUGAUCAAAGGGGAGGAUACAAUACUCCUAUGCUGGCAGCAAUUGGAGAGGGGAACAUCCAAAGCAUCAAACUACUGACCGAACAGGAUGGCUUCAACCCUACACGAGAAUUCAGAGGGCGCACUUAUUAUGAAAUCGCGGAGGAACGCAGAGGCGAUGAUUGGAAAAAGGAGUAUGAUCUCCUCAAGGCAGCAUAUGAGAGCUAUGUGAAGAAGCACGCGAAGCAUACUUCGCCCCAGAAAUCUCGAGAAGUGGAGCGUCGACGUGCAAGAGAUUCAUCCUCACCUUUCUCCAAACGGACGAAAAGUCCACCCCGAAGCCAAACCGAUUCCUAUAGUCGCAAAGACAGUAGAUCAAUGGAUGCAAAACGAUCAGAACUUCGUGAUCAUAACCGUGGAGAUCAUGCAAUCGCUGUGUCAUCCGACCACGAUCGCAGGACGCCCCAGAAAGCCCACAAAACCCGACGAAGUCGAAGUGAUGCCCCUAAUCUGAACUCAGAAGAAGAGGUUCCCAAGAAAAGGCGUCUCAUCUCAAGAAGGGAGCAUAUGAAGAGUACCAGUUACCCUACCAAAGAAUCUUCUGGUGACGAAAAUGAUGUUCCAGGGCAGCAUGAGAAGGACCAGAUUUCAGCCAGACGGCGGCGAAGCAGUGUCGCAGCAGAAACCCCUCGAACCUCCGAAAUAUCCAGGGUGAAGAAACGCUCUCGUCGAGCACUUUCCGACAGCAGCCCAGAAGAGUCAAGGUCCAUCAAGAAGAGGAUGUCGAGCCAGGACAUUGGGCAAACCCCUUUGAAAGAAGCAAAGAUUCUUGAAGACGUUGACAAUAUUUUCCAUCAAAGCCAACAUGAUCCAAUCCAGAGAACACAUACUCCCGAGUCUUUCGUUGGUAGGGUUGAUGCUAAAACAGCCCGUACGUCAAAAGAGAUGGAAAAAAUGCAUAGGGAAGCCGAAGAACGGAAAGAGAUCGAUAGAAUCAAGAGGAUAAAGGAGGAACAAGAGGCUGCUGAGCAGCUCGCCAAACAAGAAGAGAUGGAACGUGUAAAGGCGGAACAAGAAGCACAGCUUAGAGCCGAGGAGGAGAGAAUAGCUGUAGAAAGGAAGCUCGCCGAGGAAGCAGCUGCCAAAAAGAAAGCGGAUGAGGAAGCCCUUGCCCGCAAGAAAGAAGAGGAGGAGCGACAAGAGCGGAUGCGCAAAGAAGCCGAAGAAAAACAACGACGAGCAGAAGAACGCAGACAGCGAAUACUCCGUGAGAACGAACAGAGGCGAAUGGAGGCCUUACCGAGGCUCCUCUGUAAAUCCGCCAAACUUCUCGACCAGAAUAGUGCCGAAGCAAAAAGUCCAGACUUCUUGCAAAAGUUCCUACCGCUUUUCACCGUUAAAACUCGGCAGAUCGAUCCUUACUGCCACGGCGAUGUAGCAGAUGAGGAUUGGUUUCCUGGGUUCCAAGCCGCGCCGCUACUGGCUGCAAAGAAUCUAGGUCUGGAGCAUUUCACGCACUGGGAGAAACGAAAGGUCAAUGAUCGGGAGCGCUUAUGUCUCUGGAAGGUGGCGCGAACGAUGCUCAUUCAGGGAGAUGACGAUUUGGCCAUUUUCAACAUGUCGAUCGAGCAGGCAUUGCAGCUGGAUCGGGAGACGCAACCAAAGUUCGAGGCUAUGCAGCCGCUUGUUUGGGUGAAGCUAUCUGACUUCCGCGAACGGUUGCCACUCCACCCAUACCUGCACGGCUUGCCGAUGAAAACGCAGAGGAUAGGCUUGCAGCCACCAAAGCCGACUCAGCAGCCUCCUCCCGCCGUCCAGUCGCCAAAUGGUCUGUACAUGUCUGGCGUGAAUCCGAGCGUCAAUGGCAUACUUCUGGAUGGCGUUGGAGGAAUGAAUGGGUAUCAUUAUUAA